AUGUGCAUGUACCUCUGGAAUAAACACCAGGAGAUCCAAGAUGAGAAGAAACAUCACUUCAGAAUGGCGACACUGCUAGCGGCGGCGGCUGGUGAUGGCGGCGUGGGCGGCGGACAGCUGGAGGUGGAGAUGGGCGGCGGAGCGGCGGUGGGCGGCGGCCUGGUGGACACUGUGGCCAACAAUAGUCACAUUAUUGUUCUCCCUGGGGAGGAUGCCAAGCUGGCCUGCCCCAUACCCUCCGAUGUGUACGGAUCGCGAGUGUCGUGGCUCAGACGGAAGGACAUGCAGCUUCUGGCCAUCGGAGAGACCCAGUACACGAACGACCACCGCAUCUUCGUGUCCCAUUCAAGACACUCCCACAAGAAGGAUUCAAGGCACACCCAGAUGUGGUUCCUACACAUACGAAACGUGACGAAGAACGACGAGGGAGAGUACGAAUGUCAGACGUCCACGCAUCCCCCAAUGACUUUCAUGACCUUCCUCAAAGUUCAGACGGCCCGCAGUGAGAUGCAGGGACCUGGAGAGCGCAUGGUGGCAGCGGGGAGCAGCCUGAGGUUGGUGUGUACAUUCAGGGACGCUUCCAACACACCUCCCUUCGUCUUCUGGUAUCAGGACUCGAGGAUGAUCAACUACGAUACUGCCAGAGGCGUCCAUAUAAGCUCUGACCAGGAGCACAGUACAUUGACGGUGUCUUCAGUGGCUGAGGAACACGCCGGCAACUACACUUGUAGCCCCGCCAAUGCUAGUCCCUCCUCCGUCCUCGUUCACGUCGUUGUUGGUAAGUUACUGCCCAAUUACCUAUUUUUCAUCACCUAUUUGUAG